AUGUUUGGAGGGGUAUCCGGGCGGAUCCAGAAGGACCGGCAGAAGGCUGGAGGUCUGGGCUCGGUCCAGCAGGCCGUGCGCUACCAGAACCAGGACUUCCAGGCCCUCAAAGAGGACUGUCUGCAGAACGGGACUCUGUUCGAGGACCCGAUGUUCCCCGCAGAACCGGCCUCACUGGGCUUCAAGGAACUGGGGCCGUUCACUGCCAAGACCAGAGGGGUGGAGUGGAAGAGACCCACGGAGCUGACACAGAACCCUCAGUUCAUUGUGGGCGGAGCCACCAGGACGGACAUCUGUCAGGGAGCGCUGGGAGACUGCUGGCUGCUAGCUGCUAUCGGCUCUCUGACUCUGAAUGAACGGCUACUGCAUCGUGUGGUUCCUCAGGGUCAGAGCUUCAGCCACCAAUACGCCGGAAUCUUCCACUUCCAGUUCUGGCAGUUCGGGGAGUGGGUGAACGUGGUGAUCGACGACCGCCUGCCAGUUAAAGAAGGAGAGCUGCUGUUCGUCCACUCGGCUGAAGGAAGCGAGUUCUGGAGCGCCCUGCUGGAGAAAGCCUACGCCAAGUUGAACGGCUCGUACGAGGCGUUAUCCGGUGGCAGCACCACUGAAGGUUUCGAGGACUUUACGGGUGGCGUGGCGGAGAUGUAUGAGCUGAAUGAGCUGAAGAAAGCAAAAGAAAGAGAUCUUUAUCGUAUCAUCAGCAAAGCUCUGGAGAGAGGCUCUCUGCUGGGCUGCUCCAUAGAUAUCACCAGUGCCUUCGACAUGGAGGCGGUCACCUUCAAGAAGCUGGUUAAAGGCCACGCCUACUCUGUCACCGGACUCAAACAGGUGGAGCGCCGUGGCCGGACAGAGCGUCUGAUCCGUAUCAGGAACCCCUGGGGUCAGGUGGAGUGGACCGGACGCUGGAGCGACAAUUGCUCAGAGUGGAGCUCCAUCGACGCUGCAGAGAAAGACGAGAUGCUCUGUAAGAUGGAGGAUGGAGAGUUCUGGAUGUCCUUCUCUGAGUUUUUACAUCAGUUCUCCAGACUGGAGAUCUGUAAUCUGACCCCGGACGCCCUCAGUGAGGACUCCACCAGUUUCUGGAACACGACGAUGUUUGAGGGUGGCUGGAGGAGAGGAAGCACUGCUGGAGGCUGCAGGAACCAUCCCAACACGUUCUGGAUCAAUCCUCAGUAUAAGAUCUGUCUGCUGGAGGAGGACGACGACCCCGAUGACGACGAGGCCGCCUGCAGCUUCCUGGUGGCUCUAAUGCAGAAAGACCGCCGCCGCUACCGCCGCCAUGGCCAAGACGUACACACCAUCGGCUUCGCCAUCUAUGAGAUUCCUGAGGAGUACCGAGGCUGUCCCAGUGUCCACAUGAAGAAGGACUUCUUCCUACGUCACUCCUCCUGCGCUCGCUCAGAGACCUUCAUCAACCUGCGAGAGGUGAGCAACAGGCUCCGCCUCCCGCCGGGAGAGUACCUUAUCGUCCCGUCGACCUUCGAACCCUCCAAGGAGGCUGACUUCGUUCUGAGGGUGUUUACUGAGAAACAGUCGGAGACGGCGGAGAUGGACGAUGACGUGGUGGCCAACUUUGAUGAAGAGGAGCAAAUCUCAGAGAGCGACAUAGACGAUUCCUUCAGGUCCAUGUUCGCUCAGUUGUCUGGAGACGACAUGGAGAUCUCAGUACGAGAGCUCAGGACCAUCCUCAACAGAAUCGUCUCCAAACACAGAGACCUGCAGACUGACGGAUUCAGUAUGGAGUCCUGCAGAGCCAUGGUCAGCCUCAUGGACAAAGACGGCAGCGCUCGGCUCGGUCUGCUGGAGUUUCAGGUCCUCUGGAACAAGAUCAGGAAGUGGCUGGGGAUCUUCAGGGAGUUCGAUCUGGAUAAAUCAGGUUGUAUGAGCUCCUACGAAAUGCGUCUGGCGUUGGAAAAUGGCGGGUUCAAACUGAACAACAAGUUAUAUCAGAUGCUGGUCGCUCGCUUCGCUGACAACGAGAUCAUUGACUUCGACAACUUCACCUGCUGUCUGGUCAAACUGGAGGCCAUGUUCAAGGCGUUCCAGGAGCUGGACCGAAAAAAGACAGGAAUUGCAGAGUUGAACAUCAUCGAGUGGCUCUAUGUGACCAUGUGUGGCUAAAGAAGAACAAGAAGAAUAACGUGAACUUCAAAGUGCUUCCAACAGGAGCCCAAACUACCAACCCGACUGUAACACUGCAGCUGUUCACACUGUAGUAGUAAUACAGUACUAAUGUAGUAGUACCGCAUUAGUACUGUAUCUUCAUCUCUUAUCAUCAUUAUUACAGUACUACAUAUUGACAGUACAUAUUGACAGUACUACAUAUUGACAGUACAUAUUGAUAGUUCAUAUUGACAGUACAUAUUGACAGUACAUAUUGACAGUACAUAUUGACAGUACAUAUUGACAGUACUACAUAUUGAUAGUACAUAUUGACAGUACUACAUAUUGACAGUACAUAUUGACAGUACAGAUUGACAGUACAUAUUGACAGUACAUAUUGACAGUACAGAUUGACAGUACAUAUUGACAGUAUAACAUAUUGACAGUACAUAUUGACAGUAUAACAUAUUGACAGUACAGAUUGACAGUACAUAUUGAUAGUUCAUAUUGACAGUACUACAUAUUGACAGUACAUAUUGACAGUAUAACAUAUUGACAGUACAUAUUGACAGUAUAACAUAUUGACAGUACAUAUUGACAGUACUACAUAUUGAAAGUACUGCAGCUGCUUUAUUUAUGCACUGGCUGCUGGCUGCAGAUAGGGGGCGCUCCAGCUCAAACAUUAUGACCACUUUAUUUAGUGAUGUAUUUAUUGACGAGCUGCUGCCUGUCGCCUCUGUGUCAGAGCUCUGAGGACUGAGGGACAGUGAAUGCCUCAGCAGGUGGAGGCAUUCAGGUUCAGCUUGGUCAAACAGACGCUGAUGUAACCGAUGCUUCAUGUUAUUAAAGGAAACAGAACAAG